AUGGUCGGUCUCGGUCCUCGCAGACCCCCUUCCAGAAAGGGUCAGUCAUCCUUUAUCAAGCACCUCGAAGAGAUCUUCACUGUCCCCAAGGAGAGACUUGACAAGAUCGUUACCAAGUUCGUCAAGGAGCUUGAGAAGGGUCUUGCCAAGGAGGGUUCAACAAUCCCCAUGAACCCUACCUGGUGUAUGGGCUUCCCCACUGGCCACGAGACCGGUACUUUCCUCGCUCUCGAUAUGGGUGGCACCAAUCUCCGUGUCUGUGAGAUCCACUUGCCUGAGGAGAAGGGAGAAUUCGACAUCAUCCAAUCCAAGUACCGCAUGCCCGAGGAGCUCAAGACCGGUACCGCCGACGAGCUGUGGGGCUACAUUGCCGAUUGUUUGCAGCAGUUCAUCGAGUACCACCACGAGGGCGAGAAGCUCGACAAGCUUCCUCUCGGUUUCACCUUCUCAUACCCCGCCACUCAACACUACAUCGACCACGGUAUCCUGCAAAGAUGGACCAAGGGCUUCGACAUUGACGGUGUUGAGGGCGAGGAUGUUGUUCCUCCUUUCGAGAAGGCUCUGGCCGAGCGUGGUGUCCCAAUCAAGCUGACUGCUCUGAUCAACGACACCACCGGUACCCUGAUCGCCUCUGCCUACACUGACAGCGAGAUGAAGAUUGGAUGUAUCUUCGGUACUGGAUGCAACGCUGCUUACAUGGAGAACUGCGGUUCCAUCCCCAAAUUGGCUCACAUGAACCUUGACCCCGAGCUUCCCAUUGCCAUCAACUGCGAAUACGGCGCUUUCGACAAUGAGCACGAGGUUCUCCCUCUUACCAAGUACGAUGAGAUCAUCGACAAGGAGUCACCCCGUCCUGGUCAGCAGGCCUUCGAGAAGAUGAUCGCUGGUCUGUACCUCGGCGAGAUCUUCCGUCUCGUCCUGCUCGAUAUGCACGAGGGCAAGCACAUGUUCGAGGGCCAGAGCGUCGACAAGCUCAAGAAGCCUUACAGCAUUGAUGCCUCCGUCCUUGCCGCCAUUGAGGAGGAUCCUUUCGAGAACUUGUCCGAGACUGCCGAAUUGAUGCGCGCCCAGUUCAGCCUCCAGUGCAACAAGCCCGAGCUCGAGUUGGUCCGUCGUCUGGCUGAGCUUAUUGGUACUCGUGCCGCACGUCUGUCCGCCUGUGGUGUCGCUGCUAUCUGCAAGAAGAAGGGCUACAAGACUGCUCACGUUGGUGCCGACGGAUCGGUGUUUAACAAGUACCCUCACUUCAAGGCCCGUGGCGCUCAGGCCCUCCGCGAGAUGCUGGAUUGGCCCGAGAAGCAGAACAAGCGUGAUGCCGACCCUGUUGAGAUCAUGACUGCUGAGGAUGGUAGUGGUGUCGGUGCCGCUUUGAUUGCUGCCCUUACCCUCAAGAGAGUCAAGGAGGGUCAGCUCGCCGGUAUCAAGGAUGCCAAGUCCAUGCUCGACUUCUAA